CUACUAUUGUGUAUCAUGUGUUAUUGGUUUGAUCAACUUGUAGAUUUCGUCGAAAAUCUCAAACUAAAUUUCUUUUAUGUGCGGUUUAGUAUAUGUUUAGACAUUUGUUAUGUUGGAUUGUUGUCUUGUACUUCUGGUAUCGUUUGUUUUUCAAAUAUUUGAGAUAAUGGCAGCUAACAGAGAAAGAAGAUCCAAUGCUGGGAACAAGUUGAAUAAACUUCUUAAUGAAGAAGAGGAAGACGAUUUUUAUAAAACAACUUAUGGAGGAUUCAAUGAAGUAGAAGAUGAUGAUGACUACAAAUCUGAAGUAGAAGCAGAAGAUGUUGUGGAUUCUGAUUUUAGCAUAGAUGAAAACGAUGAAGUUGUCUCAGACCAAGAGGAUGAGAAUGGGAAACGACAAAAAAAAGCAGUUGUAACGAAGGCAUAUAAGGACCCCAAGUCAGUGAAAAGAAAGGCAGAACCUAUCAGAAGGAAAGAUGCUAGGCCAGCUAAAAGACAAAGAAGAUCAACAGAUACUCCAAAAACUAUUCUUCCUUCAGAACGAAAAUCUAUUCGAAAAUCUACUGCUGUCAAAUCUGCAGCUACUGCUCAAAGACUAAAAGAACGUAAUGCUGUUGGAAAGCGUCGGAAAAUCAGGCACUAUGAUAAUUGGAAGCCAACUCAGGAAGAAUUAUUAGAAGAGGCUAAAAUUACUGAAGCUGAAAAUUUGAAAUCUCUAGAAAAAUAUCAAAAAAUGGAAUUAGAAAAGAAAAAGUGUCGGGUUGUCAAAAAACAUUUCGUUGGUCCAACCAUAAAGUAUCAUUCUGUAUCAAUGCCACUAAUAACAGAAAUAGAAGAAGAUAAUAAUGACAGUAAACAUGUUGGAGCUGAGGUAGAAAUCAAGACCGAUGAUGAUGGUCCAGUUCUGAUGAAUGGGCAUACAGAAAUGGAAGUUGAUAUGAAUUCUACACAAGAUACCAAAAUACAAAUUGAUGAUUCUAAUUCAAAAGUAGAUUCUUCCCUUCCUCAAAGUUCAGAGCAAAUUGCCAAACCUCCUCUUCCUCCUACAACUGAAAGGUGUGAAAGAACUUUUAUAACAUUUAGUGAUGAGACAACUUUCAGAAAAGCAUUUCCUGACAAGAAAGCACUUCACCUAAAGGAGUCUAAGAUGUGCCCUAUAACUAGGUUACCUGCGAAGUAUGUUGAUCCAAGGACAGGCUGUCCAUUCCGUAAUGUUAGAGCAUUUAAAGUUAUAAGGGAAGCAUAUUAUUCUCAAUUGGACCUGAAAAUAGCUAAGGGCACAGUUGAAGGUUUGGAUCCUGUAGAACUGGAAAAGUGGAUUCCUUAUAGGGCCAAGGUAAACCAACAGAAAAAUGCUCAUUCCGCGGGCAGGCUAAGAUUAGACCCAGCCAGCCUCCAGCUUACUCAAAUCAAGGUCUGACAAAUGCUUCCAACAGUGGCUUCCACUGUUUCUUCUGCACCGAUUCUCCAUAUUCUGCAAUGAAUUGGCUUUGGAUAGGAGUUAUUCUUUAAUGGAAAAUGUUGUAUAGAUUUCUUUUUUGUUUUUAUAGUUUUGUGUUUAGAGUUUCCUAUUUAGUAUUGGUGCUUUAAUAAUUUAGAAUAUUAUAUGUAUAUAUAAUUAAUGAAAUUAAGAAUGAAGCCAAGUUGUAGCUCAACUCUUAUUCUAUGUUCUUAAAUAUCCUUGUGUAUAUUUAUGUAAUUGUUUAUAAUACUUGUGUAUUAUACAUAUUUAACAAGGAUUUGAGACUGAAAAUAAUUAUAAUUAAUUAUUUUGUAAAAAUAAAAUUGUGAUAGUUUUGUACUAUGUUAUGAUAAACAUAUUUUGAAAAACUUGAUAAUCUGAUUCAUUCAAAUGAAAUCAUUCCUACUAGGUAUUAUAACUUGAUUUUUCUAUUGGAGAAAAAUUAAAUUAUGAUUAGUUUCAAUUAGUUGUGUUUACUGUAUAAUGUGUGCAAUUGUGAACCAUUAAUCAUAUUGUUUGAAGAAGAAAUUUUUUAGAGUUAUUUUAUAGAUCUGACUUAUGUUUUAAUCAUAACUUUAUAUUUUUUUAAAAGUAUUAUAAAGAAAUUAAAUUCCUUAAAUAAUUGUUUGGGAAAUAGAUGUCUCAAGUAUUCAUUAGUCAUCAUUAAUAUUACAAAGAAACAAAAGAUCUCAGUUUAUAAUUACAAGGGUCUUCAAAAUAGUCAGUGUAUUCUAUUUGUUUUAUCUAAGCUUUGGAGUUGAUUAAUGGAGCAGAUGAUACGGAACCAUUAUAUUUAAAUGGUUUGUACAAGUAGUGAGACUAGCAGAGGAUAAUGACUUUAAUAAUUUUAGAGCAGUGACCGGAGAUUUUCUAAAUAUAGAAAGGCAUUCGAGUAAAUAUUGGUUAGAAGAGAGUGUUACUGUUUAAUUAGAAGUAGAACACUGGGAAGUUGAAAAAAAAUACUUUGAAAUUCUUUUUAAGGCUGACGUAUAACUUAUGUUAUAAAAGUCUACUGCCAAAUCCUGUAUUGCCUAAAAGCUAGGCAGAAAUAUUAAUAAUUAAACGAAUAAUAAUUUGUAUAUACCUUUCAUAUUCAUCGUAAUGAAUUCCUCACUUAUUUACCUGAAUUUUUCAAUUCAGUCAGUAUUAAUAGCUCACCAGGCAUGAUGUGUUUGGAUUGUUGGACUAGUGUUUGUAUUAGUUAAUUCAGAUUAAGAUUCAUGACUAGGUUAAUUUGACGUGUUUUUUUAUAGGAUGUUGAAAUAAGUUUUUACAAAAAUUAAUGUAGCUUUAUUUAUUUACCCGACUAAGCAAAGAGAAACGAGAGAGUUAUGUGUUUGAGUCGUCCGCUAAAAGCUAUGUAACGCUUCUUUGAGCGAACGCCUGGAUCGAUUUUUAAGUUUAAUGGCUCAAAUUAUUCGGUGAAAGGCUCUGAGUGUUUUGAAGCAAUUUGAGCCAAAAAUGGCGUCUACUACUAAAUACUGACUUAAAUAAAAUUUGUUUAAUCAAUUUGCAAAAAGCUUUGUAACGCUGUUUUGAGUGAACGGCUGGAUCAGUUUUUAAGUUUGAUGGCUCAAAUUAUUUGGUGAGAUUCUCUGAGUGUUUUGAAACAAGUUGAAUUAAUGCUACGGAACCGUGAUUAAUAUAAUGUGUUUAAUGGAUUUGCUGAAAGAUAUAUAAUGAUUUUUUGAGAGAACGGCUGGAUAGAGUUUUAAGUUAGAAAUGUUAUAUUAGCCGGUGAGAUCCCGUAAGGGUUUAGAAAGUGAAAUGACCCACGGGUCAUGUGUACGGGGUAUCUGUUAAAAGGUAUUUAACACUGUUUUGAGCGAACGGCUGGGUCAGUUUUUAAGUUUGAUAGCUCAAAUUAUUCAGAGAGAACACUGAAUGUUUUGAAAUAAUUAGAGCUAAAAACACUGACCCUUAAUUGAAUAAAAUGUGUUUAAUAGAUUUGCUAAUUGAUAUGUAAUGAUUUCUCAACUGUACGUCGGGAACGAUUUUUAUGUUUGAUAUCUUAAAUUAUUCAGUGAGAUCCCUUGAGUGUUUUGAAAGAAUUUCAACUCAAUUCUGAAAAUUACUCUGUAAAGUGUGUUGCAUGAAUCCGCUAAAAGAUACAUAACAGUUUUUUGAGCGGAUGGCAUGAUCGGUUUUUAAUUUUGAUGGUUGUAUUUACUCAGUUGAAUCUCAUGAAUGUUUUGAAACAAUUUGAGCUCAAGAUACUGAGAAAAUUAUUAUAUCUUAUUAUAUAUUAGCUAUAUAUUAUUAUAGCUUAAGUAUCUCGAUUGUACAUUGAUUUGAAAUAUCAAGUGGUCAUAUGUUAUGCAAAUGAAUUAUUGAUAUUUUGAAAACUAUUAAUGUAAAAAAAAAAAAAAAAAAAACCUGAAUACAAAAAUUGGAAAAUUCUAUCCACUCUAAGGGAAUGUACUUGCAUAUCUACUUAAACAUCUUGGUAGAUUGAUAGGGAAAUUGACAUCUACGAAUAUUUAAACAUAGUGUAGUAGUCGGGUGCCUACCACCCCCGAACGACGAAACACCUCUAAAGAUGUUGACAUGCCCCGGGGGGGAAGGAGGGGAGGGUGCAUGACAUGUA